UUCAGGUUGGUUUGCCAACCACCAAAGAAGAUCUGCUUUUCUUUUGAUUUUACAAGCGAAAAUGUUACCUCCACCGGCCGUAUAUCACUUUCCUUCUGAGAUCAGCACAUUGAAAGAUGGAGCAUCAGUUCGAACAUUUGGCAGGUCCGUCUAUUGUGGAUUUCAAAGUUGUUGUAGACUUACAAGUUACAAGCCAGAUUGUUCCCAAGCCAUUCUGAAAGAUCAGCAAUCUUCUGCACAGUGCCAUGUCUCAGUACAGACAACACUUGUUGAACCUUUCCAGCCUAUGCUUGGAGCUCAGUAUUUUGUUCUUGGUGAAAUCGAAAGGACUAAUGGAUUAAGUGGAGUUAUACUGCGUGCACGUUCUUUGGCUUGUGUUGAGGCAAUAGACCUCAGACUAAUGCAAGAAGCCAUUGUGGAACAGAGAUCUUUCUUUACAUCGAGGUCUGAGUUGAAUGUACAAUGCAAUUUGUAACAGUCAAGGUGACAAUCAGGUUUGAACUGCUUGUUGUUUUUGUCAAACCCCUCUAAAGCAAACAAUUGUUAAUUUUUUAAAGAUGCAAAUAAUUAAACUUUUUUUUAAUGCUUUUUUUGUGUCCAAUAGUAAAAACAAAUCCAUCUUCUUCCAGUAAUAAAAGAGGAAAGCC